AGUAUGUUUUCGAAAUCGACAGUACUACCUCUCAUGUCUUAUGUUGUGACACGCGUUCUCCAUCGCUGUGCAACGCUCAUGUGUUCCACAUUCCGGUUAAGAAGUGCCGAGUAGUGACCAACUCGUGGUUUGAUUGGUAUUUACAAUGGUUGCGUGAUUCGGAUCGCGCUGGGAGCCUCUAACUCUUAUAAUGAACUCGAGGCUCCUCAUCGGUAUGUCAUACUCAGACUCACCAUGUCUACUACCAUCCCUCCUACCAUUCUCGUUGUCGGUGCGACAGUUAACACCGGUGCAGGACUUGUCAACACUCUUCCUCGCUUGCUACCCUCGAAGCCGGCUUUCAAGAAUCACCGACUUCUAGCAUUGACACGUUCGGCGAACAGUUCGACUGCUCAGAAAAUUGCAAACAUCCCUGGAGUCACCAUCGAAGAGAAGGACUGGCUUAAAAUCACUCCGGAAUGGCUCCGCGAACGCAACGUGGUCCGGAUGUUCGUCGCAUCACACAACGAGCCCACUCAAUUCGCAGACGAGGGCCAGCUUCUCACCAACGCCCUUCAAGCGCGCAUCAAAUAUGUCGUCCGCAUCUCCACGGGGGCACCUGCCGUCACUCCAAAUUUCCCGGCCUACUACCCGCGCACGCACUGGGCCAUCGAGACCAUGCUCGGUCAACCGGAAUUCGCAGCGAUGCACUGGACCUCCUUGCGCCCAAAUCUCUUUGUCGGACUGGUCGUGUCCCCGGCAGUGGAGUUCAUUCGUCAUGUUCAAAGUACGGGUCAGCAGGAGACUCUGAGCAUAGUGCUCGAUGAGAAUACGUCGACGGGCGUGAUUGACCCCUUCGAUGUUGGCGUGUUUGCCGCACAACUGUUGUCUCAGGAUGACAGUACGCCCUUCAACCAGCAAGGAUAUACCUUGAACGGACCCGCCGACAUUACGGGACGGCAGCUAAAUGAGAUGGUGGAGAAGGAGAUCGGUGACACGGUCCACAAGGUAACGUACAAGGAUGUGUUUUGGGUCGACGGACGAGCUGGCAAGAGUGAUCGCAAGAAUCUCGUAUUAUCUAACAAACGUGCCCUGGACCCCAUCUGGAACGGCCACGCAAAGGCCGAGACAAUCAGUCCUGAGGUGCUGAAGUUGGCUCCUCCAAAGGAAACCGCUGAAGCGACAUUGCGAAAAAUGCUGGCUGGUUGAGCAGAUUGGACGAGAUAAAAUAGGUCGCAUAGAUUUAAGCAGGCCGCUGCAGCCUCGUGGCAACCACUUCGAGGCAUUCAGCCUUCAGU